CAGAUUGCAGGCACAAAGUGCUUUAUCAUCCUCAGCCGCAACAGGCGCCGUUAAGUAUGGCGGACCCAUGGAUGUGGCAAGGCAUGUUCUGAGAUCCGAAGGUGGCCUAAGAGGCUUAUUCAAAGGUCUGGUUCCGACCUUAGCAAGAGAGGUACCUGGAAAUGCUGCAAUGUUUGGUGUCUACGAAGCCCUCAAGAAGACCUUGGCCGGUGGCCCAGACACCUCAAAGCUUGGUCGUGGCUCGCUGAUUGUAGCCGGAGGAUUGGCCGGUGCUUCUUUCUGGGCAUUUGUGUAUCCGACUGAUGUCGUUAAGAGUGUGAUUCAGGUGGAUGACUAUCGAAACCCAAAAUUUUCUGGCUCUAUUAAUGCCUUCAAGAAGAUCUUUGCAACAGAAGGUGUCAAGGGACUGUACAAAGGCUUUGGUCCUGCUAUGGCGAGAAGUGUUCCUGCCAAUGCUGCUUGUUUCUUGGCAUAUGAGGUUACCAGAUCAAGUUUAGAAUAGUGGGAAUGUGGUUGGAAUUUUUAUUAGAUUACCUUCAUUUGAUCCUGAGGUUCAUUUGUUUGAAUCAUAAAGAUAACUUUUGAUGUAAAAGAUAAAACUGCAUAUAUCAACACAACCUCAGAUCUCAUUAGGGCAAACAUUCGAUUUCUUGAUGGUCUUAUUCUUUAGAUUUCUGAUUGAUUUAUGCAAUUUCUUAUCUUUAUGAAAUAUAAUUGUUUCUUUUGA